AUGCCGUCGAUAAAAAAACAGAAGAAAAAGAAGCCAUCCCCAUCCAAACGACCCAGCUAUCAACGCUAUGCCAAACCUCCGUUAUCCUACAUCGCCUUGAUUUCUAUGGCCAUAGAUGCCUCACCAGACAAGCGUUGUACGCUCAACGAUAUCAAUAAAUACUUGGUUGAUAACUUUGACUUUUUCCGUGGCAACUACACCGGCUGGAAAAAUUCGGUGCGACAUAAUUUAUCGCUAAAUGACUGCUUUAUUAAAGUCCUCAAAGAUCCCAAUCGACCGUGGGGUAAAGAUAAUUACUGGACAAUUAAUGAACAGAGUGGAUUUACCAGCGCAGCUGUAGAGAGUUACAAGAGAAGAAGAAAGAGACUUCGA